AUGCCAAGGUCAGACUAUGACUCACACCAAAGGCAGACACCUGCCAAGGUCACGGUCACGGAAAAACCUGCUUCGACGAAGUUCUCAAAAUAUGGUGACAACGCAGGCUUCGACGAGGUUAAAAAGUUUCAUUGCCCCAGAUAUUGUUGGUGCGUCAAGCCUAACGGUGAUGAAAUCCCCGGUUAUCAUAUCGUCGUAUUUGAAGUGGACGAAAAUACGCUCACUUGUGAAUGUGCAAGGAAGGCAGCUGCUUUCCAGGAAACUGGACUCAUAGGGUUGAUCUUUAGUUGCACAAACACGGGCGUCUUUACGCCCGUCCAGUGCACUGGGUCCAUGUGUUACUGCGCUGACAGCAACGGUGAACAGAUUGGCAGCGCUGUCGGUAUGUGGCAAAGAAAUUCAUUGAAUUGCAGUUAGCCGGUUCUUCUGAACGCAACCCGGUAAAAGAUGUUUCUUGGUGAUGAUGUGAAGCGCAAGUUUAUUACUAAUAAAGUUGACUAAUUUGUUGCUUUAAUAAUA